AUCGAUGAGUGUGUGAAUGAGACAAUCUGUGGGGACCAUGGUUUCUGUGAGAACACAGACGGCUCCUACCGUUGUCAGUGUGACCGGGGCUACACCAACCCCCCUGGUGAUGCUGGUGCCCAUAGCUGUGUGGGUAAGUAACUGUUGAAUUAUACAUUCCACUGGUUAGCAUGGUCAGUUACUGUAUACCAAUGUGUAGUAUGUACUGUAUUGUAUAUGUGGGAAUGUGUGUGUGUGUGUGUUUGUUUGUAAGCACACUCGUGCCUGUCGUUGUGCAUGUGUACGUGCUGUGCAUCGGUGUGUGUGAACCUCGGUGUGUAUUUACCCCCCCUCCCAUCCUGUGCAGACGUGAACGAGUGUGAGAUGAGCACGGCACUGUGUGGAGAGGCCCUGUGUGAGAACGUGGACGGCAGCUUCCUGUGUAUCUGCCCCAGCGACAAUGAGGAAUUUGAUCCCAUCACCAGCCAGUGCCGCCCGCAGGGUAACACACCACACACAGGGACUUAUGGGACUUAAGGGUUCAUUCUAUCUAUGCGGGAUUGAGUUUUCACUGUCUUAAUGAGGCAUCUCAUAUUAUCAUAACAUCUGUGGAACUAGCAGGGCACGAGUGGUUCCAUGUUCCCUAUAGUACUUGUUUCUAUUUGACAACCUUUCUGCUGAGUUUGACUCCAUGCUAAUUGGAUGGGGGGAAAGUUAUGUUGUAUCCCUACUAGGAUACUGCAUUGCAGUUCAAGUCUGUAAAGAACGAAUUGCAGGAAACUAUUCCAGCCAUCCCUUACAUAAUUGAUUUGCUGUGCUCAGAGCACAACUCAUUUCAAGCUCUCCCUCAUGGCCAAAUCUCCUCCAGUCAAAUUCCCACAAAGACAAACAAGGAUAAGGUAUAGCUAUUGGCAAAACUGCCAUGGAAAGAUCUCUCUCAGAAACACUAACAGUGUUCACUGUAAACAGAUUACUGAAAUACAAGGUCAAGCUUACCUUGAGUCUGUGGAAUUGGCAUGUCUUUAGCUUGUCAUAGGCAUGUAUACACAAGCGGGCCAUAUUUACAUUAAUAAGCAGCAUGCUCUCGACGGGGAUGUUUUUGUUCUCGUUCGGUAUUAAACCCCAAGUAUGCCUUGUGUACUUUGACCACAUUCCGCUGUUUGCUUUUGACGUGUGCUAAUCAAUCAUGUGAGAAUGAAUGGUGUGUUGACUCACAUGCCAGUGUUUCCAUUUGGUUAAGCCUGCUGCUUAACUGUGAAUGGCUGAGACCAUGUCUGUGGAUAAAAGAGCAGCCUCAGCAUUGUCAGCUGAAGGUACUCAGGCCUACUGCCUGCCCUACUGUAUGAUGUGGAUCUCUUGACCCAGGGAAACACAGUGGCACUCAUUAUGCUAGACAUGGGGCCAAUGGACUGACUGAUUCUUACUGAAAUCAUGAUGGCGAUAAAUAUUAUUCAUAGUGGUAAUGGCUAUAGUCUUUAUUGUAGUAAUUCAGCCAUGAAAGUAGCAGUCAACUAGAGUCACAAUUUAUUCUGCAAAUCCCCUCCAAUUAUUCUCCUCUGCAUCUAUUUCUCCUCAUGAGAGGUGUGAUUUCCCUACAUGUGCUACAGGUGAAGAUGCUCCUCCUAAGCCAGCCUCACACACUGAGGAGCUGAGGAAGGAGUGUUACUACAACCUGAACGAUGCGAACUUCUGUGACAACGUGCUGUCUCGCAACACCACCAAGCAGGAGUGCUGCUGCACGGUGGGGGCUGGCUGGGGGGAUGACUGUGAGAUCCAUCCCUGCCCUGUACCAGGGAGAGGUAAGCUUACUACAGUAUGAUUUGAGACUGAGUGAGAUUCCCAAGAGGGAUCAAAUGAUCACCCUUUAGGAGACAUAUAUUCAGAUACAACUGUUCACAUAUGUUCACUCCUUUUUGCUACACGGUAUAUAAUACAUUAUUACAGUAAGGAGAAAGUAUGUUUGUGCAUUCAUACUUGUUUGUUUCUUCAGAGGAGUAUGACCAGUUGUGUCCACAUGGAAGUGGUCUUCUGCCCCAAGCUGUUUCCUCCCAGAGCCUGGAACAGCAGAGUUUCAAAGGUACCUUACUUCUAUGUGGUCUCCUCAAGCCACUGGCUACUGUUAAGAGUCAGUAUACCUGAGGUUUCACAGUUUUUCCUUCUCCCAUAACUUUGUACCAACACAAAGAAAAUUGCUGUUUCAGCUCCCUUUUAAUUACACCCAUGGAAGCCGUUAAAAAAAGUCCUGCGUAAUUUCCAACCUAAUUUAUGGUUCUCUUUAAAGCUAGCCCUUUACACCGUGACUGGAUAUCUGCAUAACUAGCUAAUUAAGCACAAGUGUUGUGCACUAACCAGCUUGUUCUAAUAGAGAAGGCUGUCUCAAGCAAGGUGCCAUGCUCAUUUUACAGUAGGGGUCAUGAUUUGAGGGGUCUAGCUAGCUACAACAAAUGCUAACGUUUUAGUGAGAUUCUAUAGACACAGUAGGCCUACACAAAGUUUAGGCCGAUUCUAGAGAUGAUAUAUUAAAGAAAAGGUGAUUUUUGUGUAUGGUAGUAUGUGAAUUUAUCAACCGAUGUCACCCCCUUUCUUUCUUUCUUUCUUUCUUUCUUUCUUUCUUUCUUUCUUUCUUUCUUUCUUUCUUUCUUUCUUUCUUUCUUUCUUUCUUUCUUUCUUUCUUUCUUUCUUUCUUUCUUUCUUUCUUUCUUUCUUUCUUUCUUUCUCUCUCUCUCUCUCUCUCUCUCUCUCUCUCCUCUCUCUCACCAGAUGUGGACGAGUGUACGAUGUUUGGGCCAGAUAUCUGUAAGAAUGGCCGUUGCUCCAACAACUUCUCCUCGUACUCCUGCUUCUGCCGUACAGGCUUCUACUAUGACAACAUCCGGCUGGAGUGUUUGGGUAAGGGCCGCUCGCUCUCUCUCUCCUUUUCUCUGUUCCACCAAACCUGCUCCAAAACUCGACUAUGAGACUCAGUCGUUGACUUAUGUGUGUGUGUGUGUUCCAGAUUAUGACGAGUGCCUGACAGAGAAGGCGUGUGUGGAUGGGGUGUGUGUCAAUACCCCUGGUUCUUUCAACUGCUUCUGUAGUCCCCCUCUGGUCCUGGACACCACCGGCCGCCGCUGCAUCAGUGUCAACACCACCGAGGGUGAGGCUCAAACACUCACACUCACAGCAGCAGCACACUCCUACAGACACUGAUAAACUACAUCCUCCAUUUCAGAGUUUAUCCAGAUGAAACAGUUACCAACCAGAUUAUUGAUUCAGCUGUCCAACAUUAACAACAUAUAAUUAGUGAAAACUCCCUCCUUUCCUCUUUUGUGAAUCACUCUCUUCCCUUCUUCCAUUCUCCUUCCUUCCCUCUCUCCUCCCUUCCCUGAACCACAGAGGCUCAAGAGCCUGAUGAGGACAUCCACCUGGACAUCUGCUGGCAGGGCCUGGUAGAUGAGGUUAUGUGUGCCCAGCCCCUCAUUGGCAGGAGGACCACCUACACAGAGUGCUGCUGUCUCUAUGGAGUGGCCUGGAGCGAACAGUGUGCCUUCUGCCCCAGGAGGGACUCUGGUAAGGGACACAGCUAGCUGUCAUUCAUGCUGUUAUUAUUCUGUUGAAAUGUAGAAGUGACAUGAUGACCUGUGAUAGAUAUCUCACUAAAACACUGACCUGUGUGUUUGUUUGUGUUUGAGCAGAUGACUACGCAGCAAUGUGUAACCUGCCAAGGAGACGGGGGUCUGACAGUCUACGAGAGAGGCCAGGCUAUGAGUACGGUCCUGGGGUUGAGGGUCCUGAGGGGCCCUAUGUCCCACCCUACUGGGACAACUAUGGAGGAGGGCCCAUCACUGGGCCUGGGGGAACCUACUACAACCCAGAUGACACCCAGGGCAUCCCCCUGUUCACAGACAACACCAACGACUAUGGCUCACGAGAGAGAGACAUAGAGCCGCCACUACGCGUCCCCAUCCACAGGCCAAGAGAGUUCCAGCCUCGCCCUGUAGACUCUUACAAUGGUAACCUCGUUAGAAUCAUUAAAAAUACACAUUUAUUAAUAUUAUUGCUAAUGCAUGGUGAAAUGCUACCUCUGUAGGGACUCCUUCUUCAUUCAUAUUCUGUUUCCAAUCAGACCGCUAUGAUGGCUUCGAAGGCCUGCGAGCAGAGGAGUGUGGCAUCCUGAACGGCUGUGAGAAUGGCCGGUGUGUGCGCGUGAGGGAAGGUUACACCUGUGACUGCUUUGAUGGAUACGAGCUUGACCUAACCAAAAUGGCCUGCAUCGGUAGGUUCCUCUCCCAGUGUCUCAGAAUGUCCACCAACAGUCGGAGUCAGAUUCUCCUCUCUGUGUUCCAAGCAGAUAUAUCAUUUCAUUUUGGAAUUCCUAGAAACAAA